CUGCCCCAUUGUGUUGCAAACCAGCCGCAUUCUGAAUGCGAGUAAACAUUUAAGGUAGUAGCAGUAACAAAAAACUGACGUGAAAUCUAAGUUCAACCUUUCACAACAUAGCUUCUCAGCACCGCUUCCGCCCGUACACUCUCGCUCUUCACAACAAAUCAAUCGGACAGCAAACAAUAUGUCAGACAACUUCGUCGCCCCCGGCCAACAACGCUACCUGCGGGCCUGCAUGGUCUGCUCCAUCGUCAUGACUUUCAGCCGAUUUCGCGAUGAAGGUUGCCCCAACUGCGAGGAGUUUCUCCACCUUCAAGGGUCGCCCGACCAGAUCGACAGCUGCACGUCACCGGUGUUCGAGGGGCUCAUCACCCUCGCCGACCCGAGCAAGUCCUGGGUGGCAAAGUGGCAGCGGCUGGAUGGGUACGUGCGCGGCGUGUAUGCCACCAAAGUGUCAGGACAGUUGCCGGACGACGUGCGGACGACUUUGGAGGAAUAUCGGGUUACGUACAUCCCACGGGAUGGAAGCGCCACAGAACUAGAUUAACGAUGCUUGGGCUGGACAUGGGCGUCAUUUGGGAAACGGACAGCAUCGGGCGACGGAGUUGUGGAGUUGGCUAUCACAGGCUGAAUUUCGGUA